CCUCUAGAGGGCUCUGGCUGAGCGGAGCUGCGGCUCAGCCGCUCCUCUCUCCCUCCCGGAUCCCCGCUCGGGCUUCCGGAGCCGCGCUCGGCAUCGCCUCCAUUGUGUCCUGCUGGGGGAGGCGAGGGGGGCGAGGGGGGCUCCGGGCAUCGCCCCCUCCCUCCGUGGGAACGGAGGACGCUUCUCACAAGGAAAAGCCCUGCGGAAGCCGGGGACGAAAGCAGGGGAUUUUGGGGAGCCCCGAGGGAGGAACCUGCGUUGUUCCCUCUGCCAUGGAGCCCUGGGUGCUGCUGGAUCCGCGGCAGAAGGCUCUGUACCUCGACGUGAUGCACGAGAGCUACGAGACCCUCAUGUCCCUGGCAGCUCAGGGGCUGGUGAGUGAAAAAGCAGUGGAGAAAGGAGCGCCGGAGAGCAGUGCUGGGCACUCAUCCCACAGCCUGGAGAGGGAGAAGCCCCUGGGCUCCAACCGGCGCAAAGCGAGGCGCCCGGACAAAGCGGUGCCCCCCAAACCCACCACGCUCCCCAAACCGGGCCGCGCCAAACCCCUGCGUGGGAAAGGACCGGCCCGGGAGCGGCCGUUCGGCUGCGCCGACUGCGGCAAGAGCUUCCCGUGGGCCUCGCACCUGGAGCGGCACCGGCGGGUGCACACGGGCGAGCGGCCCUUCGGCUGCCCCGAGUGCGGCGAGACCUACAGCCAGAGCUCGCACCUGCGGCAGCACCGCCGCACCCACGCCGGCGACCGCCCGCACAAGUGCGGCGACUGCGGGAAGCGCUUCGCCGCCGCCGCCGAGCUGGCGGCCCACGGCCGCGGCCACGCCGCCGACAAACCCCACAAGUGCGACGACUGCGGGAAGGGCUUCGUGUGGGCCUCGCACCUGGAGCGGCACCGGCGCGUGCACACCGGCGAGAAGCCCUUCGGGUGCGCCGAGUGCGGCGAGGCGUUCAGCCAGGGCUCGCACCUGGCCAAGCACCGCCGCAGCCACGCGGGCGAGCGGCCGCACCGCUGCCCGGCCUGCGGGAAGACCUUCUGCCAGAGCUCCGACCUGGCGCGGCACCGCCGCACGCACCUGGGCAGGAGGCCCCUGCGCUGCGGGGACUGCGGGAAGCUGUUCCGGACGGGGCCGGCGCUGGCGCGGCACCAGCGGUGCCACGGCCGGGAGCACUUGCACCGCUGCGGCGACUGCGGCAAGGGCUUCGUCUGGGCCUCGCACCUGGAGCGGCACCGGCGCGUGCACACGGGCGAGCGGCCCUUCCCCUGCGGCAGCUGCGGCGAGCGCUUCACGCAGAAGGCGCACCUGCUGCAGCACCGCAAGACGCACUCGCCGGAGCGGCCCUACAAGUGCGGCGACUGCGGGAAGCGCUUCGGGGAGGCGUCCCUGUUCCUGGUGCACCAGCGCGGCCACGCCGCGCACAAGAGCUACACCUGCGGCGACUGCGGGAAGGGCUUUGCCUGGGCCUCGCACCUGGAGCGGCACCGCCGCGUGCACACCGGGGAGAAGCCGUUCAAGUGCCCCGAGUGCGGCGAGGGGUUCAGCCAGGGGUCACAUCUCGGCAAGCACCGCCGCAGCCACCUCCCCAAGGCUGCGGGGCCCUCCCCGGGACACGGCCCGCUGGGGACACGCCUGGAGCCCGCAGCAGCGAGGAGCCCUAAGGACUGAGACACCCCUCGGUGCCAUGGAUGUGGAGAGACAGCUGAGGGAAGCUUGUCUUGGGCACCAAGUGACACUUGAAGGGCACUGGGGUGGGUGACAGAGGUGCUCUGUCGUGGCACAGGGUGGGAUUUAUCUGCCCUGGUGCCUCCCCGCAGCGACGGGUGAAUAUUUGCCCCUGCUGCAAUCCAGACCCCAGCAAAGGCACAGCCUGGGGGAGAAGGAGCCUAUUCCCGAAGGAAACAGCGCUCGGCUCCAUCAGGGAAGGGUGGGGGAACCAGGGCUGGUUCUGAUACGAAGAUCCGGUGGUGUUGUGCUGCCAGCGGGUGGGAGGAGGGGAUGGAGGGGGCAAGAUGCUCAGGGUGAGCAGGAGGCGCUGGCACAGGGCAGGAAUAAACGGGGAGCCCCGCACCUCACCGA